UGAUACUGGUGCCAGUGUGUUUGAGUCUGGGCUUUUAAAAUCCAGUCCGCCUUGAACCUCCGAAGGGACGACAGUUGUACAACCGUGUGUGACCGUCGGGUUUUUGCGCGCGCUUUAUUGUUAUUAGUGAGAAGACACUCCUUCCUGUGGGGGAAUGAAAGCCAUUGUUUGAUUUUGGGCGAUGAAAGGAGGAAAAUCGAUGCGAAAUUGAGGAAAUAUUAUCAAUCAAAGUGCGCGACUGAUUCGCGGUGUAUGUGAGUGUACCACCAGACGCUUCCACUAUCGUUGUCAUUUGUCUAUUGUUCUGCCUUGGCGAUUAUCAGUCAGUAGUGUCGAAAGAGUAAUAUCGAUCAGUUUUAUCUUUUCGGCUAUUGAUGAAUGGGACCCGCGCCCUCGCCGUUUGUCUUCAGUAGCUACAGUACUGCCCACUAGCUAGUGUGAGUGUUUAUCGUUUGUGUGUGAAAAAGAAUAAUAAUAACAACAACAACAACCGCAUCAAUAUCAACAUCAAGAAGAGAGUGUGGGAGAUUGAUAGUGAGUGUCAGGCAAUUGUCUCUACUCGGAAAUUUUCAGUGAAUUUGAUACUCAUUCGCCGUCGUCAUCGCCUGCUUCGUCUCGCUGGCUUGUCAGAGUACUCGGCGCGCGUUUUGGAUGUAUUCGUUUGAAUGAUUUCAUGCUGCUGCUGCAACAUAUCAGCGCGCGGCCCUCUCUGAUGGCUAUUAUAUAAGAGCAUAGAAAACAUAGGGAGCAUAGCGGGAAUCACGGGGUGAAAGAGGUGUGUUCCCUCAGGGAAAUCAUCGUCAUUUCUGAGAGAUUUGCUGGAUGAAGGCCCGCCGACCGUGUGUGCGUAAAGGAACAACGGUGCACCAACGAAGCGCGAACGGGUCGAUAGAGGACGUGAAUGGCGGCUGCUGGCUGGAGUGUCCGCGUUCUCGGUAGUGUUUGUACUUACGGUGUGUCGCCCUCCCGGAUUUGGCCCUUGUCGUGGACGGGAAGAAGGGACUCCUCGCGUUGUGCUCGGUUCACUGUGUUUGUACCCUCGAACCAUACGAAAUUCCCUGAACCCGUAGCAUAAGCAGGCCCUCCCGACACGGUCCCCGUAUGCGCGCGCGUUCCCGUGUUUGUGUACGUGACGACAGAACAACCCAACAUCAUCCAGGAAAAGAAGAAAACGCACACCCCAGAAUACCCGUCCACAGGGAAGAAAAUUUUAUGUUGGCCCGUCGAAAAAAUCGUGUUUUUUUCCUCCAUCGCGGCAGGCUGUGACGAUCGACAAGAUUUUGAAUGAUUCCUGGAAAUUGAUCGCGAUCGCGAGCGCGCCCGGGUAAAGCCAUCGAACGACAGAAGGCAGCAGUGCGAGCGACUUCCGGUCGCGGCCGUCAAUUCCAUCAUCGAAUUCGCGACGACGGAAGUGGGAAAACGGCGGUGUGCAGCAGUCUGUCGAGUUUCGUGGAAGUGCCAUUUCCGAGAAGUGAGAAUACGGGAAAAUAGGAUACACAAAGCAGGCGGGCAGCGCUAGGCCACCUCUUUUUCGUGUAUAUGGAAUUAAGGCCGUAUGCCUACUAGAUCCAAGAGUGUCUCGAGUGAAAACCGAAAAAAAGUAAAAGUAAACACGACAAGAAUCGAUAUUCAACUUUUGUUUUGUGUUCGAAUCGAAUCGAAUCGAAGGAAACCGUGAAUCUCUGGAAGAAGAAAAUCUAAUCAAACCUCGAGGGCGAAACGCUAUGGAUUACCUCCGGAUGCUGUGGUGAACAAGCAGAGACUACACCCACCGCUUGGAUUGAUUUCAGUUUCAUAAUUUGAAGGUAAGCGCAGCCAGCAGUAUGCUCCUUUCGGUUAAACAGGGCAGCCGAGCCGGAGGACCAACCGAACCGGUUCACCGCGCGCCGUUCAUUGACCGCCCACUGCAACAACAACAAACCGAACCGAAAUCAGAGUAAAAUCUUGAGAGCUUCUGGGACCAGUGCAGGAAAAUGAAUGGCAGCUACGGAGCGAUCCUAGGUUAAGGCCGGCAGUCCAAUGCAGCACCCAUCGCUGUCUGUGCGGAACAGCAGCGGCAUCAGUAUCAGCAGGAGCGACAACUUCCCGUCAGCAAGGUCCCCGAAAGUCGCCAUCAAAACGGCUUCCAUAGGCCCAAAGAUGGCCCCUCACACGCAGGGCACAAACCUAACGAUCAAACAGCAAUACCAACCCCAUCAGUGGCCAUGGAACACAAGCAACAACACCAACGCUACCAAUAGCAAUAAUGCCCAAUCAAAUAGCAACUCAAGCACAGCCACUAGCAAUAGUACUAGCACCAGUAACAGUUCACCUGCAGUCAAUACUCCGACAACGCAAAAUCAAUCACAAUUCUCCAUUACGCAGCAAUCGAACACUGCCUUGGCUGCAGCCACCGCGACUGGAGCCGUCUCGGUUACUCCAGUCAACAGGCUGAAGCGCUUGCAACCAGCCCACACGGAGGUUAGCACCAACACUAGAAGCAAUAGCACCAACACCAUUGCUAGCGGUGCCAAGCGAAUACGGACAACCGGUGUGGAAAAAGUUAGCAAAUCGGUCGGCACCAACACGACGACUGGCCUUUCGGGACCGCCGGGUCUGGUGGCAGUUGGUUCCGGAUUAUCAACUGCGGCCGCUAGUUCAGCGACUACCAAAAAACUCACCCAGAUGGCGAUUGUUGCCGCCAGCAAUACCAACCAUCACCAUCAGCAGAUCUCAGCCGCCGGUACGACGACGACCACCAUUACGAAGAACACGAAAAACUUCACUGCCAGCGGGAAUGCAGACCUCUGCAACGCGAACAAAAUUACAGGUUACUUCAAGUCCCAAAUGAAAACCACCAACACAUUUAAUAAUCUUAAGAAAAAUAUUAAAACUAUAGCGGGAUGUGCCACGACGUUGACGGCUUCUUCCACGACGACUGCAACAGCGGAAGCGGAAGCAGAAAUCACCACCACCACCGAACUGAUGACAACAACAUCCACGGUGCUACAGCAGAAGAGUAUCAUCAAGACCGGAGCGGUCAAAAACUCCAACGUCAGCUUAGAGAAGCACCUAAGCCUGCUCCAGCAACAACAGGCAACCUCCAUUACGCCAGCAACCACACUGAAAAGAGUCGAACGGAAGACUGCACGGAUAGCACCAACUGUAUCGCUUACCCGGAAGGUAAGUCACACACCCCAGGGAGGACUCGGGGUUGGACAGCCCAAAAAACCAGUCACAAUCGCACCUCGAACUGCCGAUCCCAAGUUGGGUAUCAACUUCAACCAACAGAACUCAGCUGUAUCAACCACCAAUCAACUCGUAAAACAGCAGGAUCAACCGGUUAAGCCAUCCCAACCAACCGUUUUGCUCACCGCCAUACGAAUCCCUCAACAACAGCAACAGUCCACCCAAACGCAACAACAAUCCAGCCAAACACAGCCUCAGUCGCGGCAAAGUCAAACCCAAGCUCAACUACAAGCACAACAACAGUUCAAACAGGUCGUCCAGCAACAACCUCAACUGAGUAGUCCUCCCAGGACACCAACAAAGCUUGGCUCGGCUGUGUUCCAGUUUCAUCCGCAAACAACCACUGUCAUGCCAAAUCUGGUCCAGAUUCCGAAUCUCGUACCAACUCAACCGGUUUCGUCAGCGGCUUCCAAACUGAACACUCCGAUAGUCGCAUCCUCAACUACCAGCAGCCCAACCACUGCCAAUCUGAUGAUGACCAACGCCGCUCAUGGAUUGACCGCUGCCAGACUGAACAACGGAACCACACAGUUCUACGUAAACGGGGCUCUCAUCAAACUCCAACAAAUUCAGCAGCAACAACAACAGGCGAUCUCCUCUACCGGACAGCAAGCACCAACCACACAGCAGAGUUUACCGAUAGACUCGGCGACCGUCAGCAUGGGCCUUCACAGCCUACUGGCUAAGUCAGCGGCCCUAUCAACGGCAGCUAGCACCAUCAGCACAGCACAGCCAGCGCAUCAGGCCAAAGGGUACACCCUUCACGCUCAAAAGCCAGCCCAGCUUUAUCAACAGGCCAACACAUCAACGGCAACGGCCUUCACACCACAACAGUUUUUGGUGGCACCUAAUGGGCAAUUCCUCCUCAACGCAGCUGCUCUGCCUUCCAUGCUGCCUUCAGCGAAUUUCCAACAAGCUUUGGUCCAAGCGGCUCAAGCCAACAUCCCAGCGCUGCAUCCACUUCAACCCAGUCAACCUCAGUCAACUCAGUUACCAAAUAUCACUGCCAUCAUCCAGCAGCAAAACAACCUCCAACAACAGCAGCAGCAAUCGCAACAAAUGCUGCCAAACUUCCACCAGUUGCUGGCCAACAUCCCCCAAGCGGUACUCCAAAGUCUGCAAUCGACUGCCAAACUCGGUCAAGCACCACAGUUUGUUCCUAUUUCCUCAAAUCUGUUUCUGAAUCCGCAAAACCCCGUCCUCAGCAACAGUCCGUCCUCAUCCUCCUUCACAUCUCCCAUCACUAUAUCAACGUCGACCCUUCCUUCCGGAUCAACAACGAUCUCACAACCCCUAUCCCCACCGCCACUCGUGGCCACCGUGCCAACCUUCACCACCACUGCCAAACCCAUCAUGAACACCCUGAACAACCAAAAGAUUAUCAUAGCCUCUGCAACCAGCACCACAUCCACCAAACCACCUCCUCCUAUCAAACCGAUCUCCAGCACCGAGCCUCCCAAACUGGUGCCAGUGCAGAUGAACAAACCCUCGAUCUCAAUCACCCCUGUCAUGUCAAAUCCUCCAAAACUGGUACCACCAUCCGCCCCGGUUCCGAAGCUGGUGCUAUCGGCCUCAGUCGCAACCAAAGCUACAUCCACAACCCCCAUCAAGGAGAAACCAAAACCCAACUUAAAACUAUCGCAGCCUCCAGCGCUAGCUCCGGCGUCCUGUAGUCCUUCGCCUCCUCUGCCAACGCCGACUCCGGUAACAACGGUGCAAUCACCUGUGCUCUCUCCACGGGCCAUCGACAACAAAUCACCGCCAGCCCUCAACCCCCUCAGUCUGGACUGUGGCAGCAGCAACGACAGCGGUAUUGUUGCCAACUCCAGCGACACCGAAGACAAGUCCCUCACCAUCGACCUCUGUUCGCCGGGAUCCCCUGACUCCACUCCCCGGAAGAAGGACGAGGAAUCUCGCCAAGAGUCCACUCCGUCACCAAUUGCACCUCCAUCUCCACUACCUGAACCACCAAUUAUUCCUGCCGAUCCAGAACCAGAACCAGAACCGGAACCGGAAACUGAGCCAGAAUUAGAACCGGAAACAGAACCUGAACCGGAGGCGGAGCCGGAGUUAGAGCCGGAAAUGGAACCCCAACUCGAAGAACCAAAAAUUGACAUGCCUCCUACCACGGAGCUCUCCGAACAGGAGGAUCCGCCACCAUCCCCGUCGCCGCCACCCUGCGAGCUACCAACACCUCCGGUUAUCGAGACCGACUACUUGGAAGCCCUCAGUCUACCUCCCUGCCAAAAAUCUCCCAAGAGCUUACUGCUGGAGCAAAUCAAGCUUAAACUGCCGGAGCAGCCGGACGACCAACCGCAGGAAUCCAUGUCCUCCGAUCAGGACUACAGCAACCAAAGCCCCCUGGAUGAAUCCGGCCCCACGGGGUCUGCCGAACCAUCCGAAUCUCAACGGUCCACCACUCCGGUGGACCUGUCACCUCCGAGCAUCGAGACCGACUUCCUCAACACCCCGCAGAUGACGGAGUGCGCCAAGAGCCCCAUCCUGUCGCAACCGAAAACGAUUCGCUUCCCGGCCCAGAACGGAGUGCACCACAACUUUGGCCGGAAGGGCUUCCGACGGCUGUCCGAUGGGCGCCUGUUUGGGGUGUGCUACUGGAGCAACUGUGACGCCCAGUUCGACACCAGCUCGAAGCUGUUGGACCACCUGCAGAGUCAGCACGUCAACACCCAGAUGGGACCGUUCGCCUGUCUCUGGGAUGGGUGCAAGGUGCACAACAAGGAGUCCUGCAGCAAGCGGUGGUUGGAUCGGCACGUCCUGUCACAUGGCGGCUCCAAGCCGCACAAAUGCAUCGUGGCCGGGUGCGGCAUGCGGUUCGGAUCUCAGCUCGCACUGGAGAAGCACGUCAAUCACCACUUCAACAAUACGGACAACGCCAGCGCGGGCAAGCGAUCCUCAGAUCCACCCCUACCCAAGGUUCUACGCAAGACUGGGAAAAAGCUACGAUAUCGACGUCAACCGUGGUCAGCCCGACGGUUCGACUUUUUCGAUAUCGGAGUGAUGGAAGGACUGCAACACAGACUGAUCAUGGCCGGCAGUGUGGCCAGCGCUCGGCGGGGUACGGUGACGUUCCAGGGACAGGCCGCAGGACGGCGUGUCACCGCCGUCGGAGCGGAGGUGUUCGUCAAGUGGUACCCGAGGGAAAUCAUCUCGGACGAUUGGAUCCCGGAGGCGGAAGUCACCUCUACGAGAGAGAUCUCAAUCUACGAGCUCAACCCGGACCAGAGGUUCGAGCUGGAAGCGCAACUGAAGACCAAUCGGAAGGCCAAUGCGGAACUACUGUUCUGCCUGCACGAACUCAACCUAAAACUGCAGGCGGAAGCCUCGGGCUCGUGCAGCCGGAGUAGCUUCAGUAGCAGUAGCAGCAGCAGCAGUAGCUCAUCCAGUGGAUGUAGCAGCGCUAGCAGCAGCGUCAUCAGCACCCCCAUUCCGUUCAACUCGCGAACGGGCCCGAAGAAGCUUCGGAAACCUCCCAAGGAGUCGUACCAACCACCGGCAUCGCCAUCAACCGGUACGGCGUCCACCCUCUCGUCGGUGCUAUCGUCUUCGGCGUCAUCGCUACUGUCGAACGAAAACAGCAGUAGCAGUAGCAGCAGCAGCAGCAGUAGUAGUAGCAGCGCGUCGGCCACGUCCUGACCGACGGUGGCGGCGCCAGCUCGUGGUCCCACUUCGCUGGCGAUGGCCAUGCUGUCCGGUUCCCUUGCGCAAAAGCGAACCCGCAAGGCACUCAGCUGCAUCCGACGGCGUGCUACAACAACAAAAAUGCAACAGCUUGGCUCGGCACCUGUCAAAGCGGCCAAGCAGUAGGUUAUAAGGUACGAGGUACGAAGAAGGUACCACCCCCGCAUCCCAAUUGUGUAUAGAAAAGUAAUGAAAAGGUUUCCUCUUAUUGAGUUGCGAGCGAGUGGGUCACCCGGGGAAAUCGGAUAGAAGCGUGUACAUAGGCGGAUGAGGAAACGAGUGUCGAUUUUCCGCGAGGGGUCCGAUCCAAGCAACCACAGAAACACACAGAAAUAAUCCAUGUAACCGACUUGGAGUUGAAGCAGCGAAGGAACAGCGUAAACUGCCGCAGCAAGCCACCGCCAUCUAUGAUUUCGAUCCUUCCGUUUUUUUUAAUCGAGUAAGAAGAUAGAGACGCGUUUAGUGCUUAGUUAGUUACGCAGAAGGUUUGUGUGAUUCGUUUAGGUAAUUUUUUUAUUCGUGUAAUUGAAGUCAUAGAGCUGGAAACAAUAUUUAAAUAUUUAGUUGUGUAAGAUAAGAGGGAGCUAACUUAAGGGCGCGAUGGGUGAAAGUGCGCGCUCGCUAGGGCAAACUCCCACCCUAGGAAAAGAAGAAAACAAAAGCAGAAGAAGAUAAUGUGCAUUUUUUUAAGUAAGUCAAUCGGUUUUUUUAGAUAAUUUUUUGCUUUUUUCGAAAUUGUUUAUGCGACAGAGAGAAAUACGGUCAAGUGGGGGCGUGAAUUAGUUGAUCUCAAUGAGUACGAAAGUUGCGAAAAGUGAGAAACGCAGUUUAAGUUUCACGGAAAGUAAAAUGAAUCGGUAGCAAAGAAAGCGCAAACGGUAUAGUAAUUUAUAAUUUUAUGAAUAUUUCUCACUUAUUUCGACCGAGAAUUUAGAUUUUAUUUAUUUAAAACGAAAUUUCUUUGUUGGCCAGUUGAUAAUUGUAGGAUUUUAAAUUUUGCUUGUGUAGAAUUAUCCAUGUUAUGAUAAAUAUAUAAAAUUCGAAUUUGAAAAAGCUGUCAUACAAUUUUGAAUUCUUCAUCUUGAAGAGCUUGAAAAAUUGGUUUGUCUUUCACGUUCACCUAAGUGAACUGAAAGACUAUAUGUUCACUCAAAAAACGAAUUUUCGAUAAAAGGCUCGGAGGGUCCAGUCACAUAUGCCAAUCACCUCAGUUCGAAGAAUUGAGAUGAUGUCUGUGUGUAUGUAUGUGUACAAGAAAGGUCACUCACUUUUAAGCCACUUCCCAUUGGUCGAUUUUUUGGAAUAUAGCUCGAAUCGAACCAAAAUUUUACCGCAUUGUUUGCUAUCAAGAAUGGUCCGGAUCGGUCAAGGCGUUCCGAAGUUAUGGCCAUUGCCGUGAUCCCAACCAGCAACGGUGGAACUGGCCGUAUAUAAAACUGAACCAAGCCCCAUCAUGCGACACAUCAAACUGCGGCGAUUUUUGUAAACUUUUACAUCAAUGACUAAUUUUGUGCGGAAUUCAAUACUGGAGACCGGAAAUUCCAGGAAGUCGGCCCAAAAUUCAAGAUGGCGUCUGUUUAAUAGAGUUUAAGGCUCUAAAACCAUGCAAUAUGGGUAUAUCAGGCAUGAGGAAUAUGUGCGGAGUCCAAAAAUGACGACCAAAAUAUCCAAUAUGGUUGUCUAAAAUCCAAGAUGGUGGCUCCAAAUUCAAGAUGGCUGCUCCAAACUCAUAUCAAUGUAGCUGAUUACAUUUCGAAGCAUUGAGCAAAGUGUGCCUAAACAACCCAAACCACACAGCACAGUGUCAAGGGGUGCGACACGUGAUUUUUUUUCAAACUCUACGAUAUUUCUACAAAUUAUCAACUAGCCAAGAGAACGAACGAUUUCGUCCAAUCAAAAGUAGACGUAAAAGUAGUUGAAGACUGACUAUCGUGUAUUAAGAUGAAGUAAACACAGUACGCUAAGUUAUUGUCAUUCUCGAACUGACUCGAAACGGAAGAAAAAAAAAUCAACAUUACACAAACAAACACACACAAGAAGCAAUUUAACUCUUAAUAUGUAUGUGUAGUAGGCACAACUUCCUUCGGUCCAUGCCAUGACAUCAUUGAUCCCACUUGCGCAAACGUCGAAAAAUCAUUCGCUCAUGCUGUUCACGCCCGAACGUGAACGGCGGCGACUGACUCCAGCACUCAAUAACUUCGCAGCGUUGGCCCCGCCCAGUUGGCUUACGAUGGAAGAAGAAGACGUCAGUCGCCGUUAACGUUCGGGCGUGAACAUAUGCAUCUCACCGCCUCAAUAUUGAAAAAAAAUCAUAAAACUUCGUGAUAGAACACCCAACGUCGUUUAUCAUUGGUGUAUUUACAGAGUGUGUACAUAUGGAGCCAGAUAGGAAUGAUUCGAAUCAACAGAUCUCUAUUUGAAAACACGCCCAAAUUUAUGUACAUAGAAAAAAUACGAUCUUAGUAGACGUAUAAAAUCAGAAUAAAAGAAAAUGCCCAUAGAUGUCGCUUCCGUGAGGUGUUGUACAAAAAUGAACUGGAGUGACAUCCUCGUGCAAACCAAAAAUUAGUACAGUCGGAAAAGAUCGCCACCUCUCGCACACAUACAGUUCACACGAACAAACGCAGACAACCAAAUUACACGUCUUAUAUCGUAAAAUCGGUUCGGCUAGCGCCAUCUCUGAUCAAACUGUAAACAGUGUUCCUUCCCAUUAAUGUAUUACAGAAAAAAAAAACGUAUCGCAGUUUGCCGUGAUUGGUCGAAAACGUGCAUUUGUUUGUGUUUUUGUUGCCCUCUCUCAGCUGCGCCUUUCUCUCUGUCUCUCGCGUUACAAGCAACAGCCCCACGAAUGUCUUUCCAAACGCCACUAUUGUGCGAGUGUAUUGCGACAAAACUUUUGUGUAUUUACCACCGUCUAUCUCUCGUAAGUAGAUUUAUGUUCCGGUCAUUCUCUUUUCUCGCGUAAUUUUUUUUGGUGGAAUCUUUAGAUGGCGCAAAAUCCUAUCAGAACCAUGAGAGCUUUUGUAUCUUUAAUAUCAUUGUUGUAGGAAUGCUCUCAAUACACACACACACACAUACACGCAAAAACAAAAUCACACACAACAACUUUGGUGUCUAUUUCUAAAGGAAUAUAGCUGUACGUCUUUAGAAAAUAGCGACACGUAGGAGAAAGAACAAAAGAGAAACAAUAAGCAUACGUUACUUUUCAUCACUUGUUUUAGUUUGGUGAAAAAAAGUAAACGUUUGUAAUUUAAACAUAGACAAACACUCAUACAAGCGCAGGAAUAAAACGUGUGGAGGUAGAGUUAUAGUAAUCUUUUUUUUAUCAUUAGACGUGAUUCGUGCAACUUUAGAAAACCAUCGGAGUAAGUUUUCUGUCGAAAAAAAAAUAAUCACUGCCAAAAUAAAUGACUGAUUAAGUGAUUACAAAGCGAAAAAGUCAUGACUAACUAGACGAGCUAACAAUUAAAACAAGCGUGAAAGCGACACCGGCAUAGCAGGCGGAGAAAACGCGAUCGAACACACAAACACAAUCACAACACAUGCAAGGAAAAGGCACACACAAACUUUCGAAAUACGUUGUUCGUUUUUCGUUCAGUGCAUUAUUUGUCGUUCAAAAGAAGAAAACGCUUUUUUUACGAGGAAACCGGAAGCAUUAAACCAUGCGUGACCCAUAACCGACCACUAGGAUUAGCGCAUUAUAAUCACAACCCACGUUAUUACUCUCAGUUAGAAAAAAAAAACGAUUUAGCUGAAAUGGAUGAUUUUCGACACUGCCAUAAAUUUAUAGCAAAACGCUGUUUUAGAGUACAACAAUUCGCAUAGAAAACAAAAUAAUUGGACAUCUUCAUCCGCAGCAAUAAAUUGGUUUCAGUGAAACUACAACAAAUUCAACAAUCUACACAAUAAAGAACGAAAACUUUACUGCCAUUGAUUUUGAUAAGCGCAAACCUCCCAUAAAAGUACAGCUACGGGUGCUGGCACCCGUGCGAGUGUGUGUGUUCAAAAGAUAAAUAAUAUUUCGACUAAUUUCAAUUCGCCGUGUAGCAGAACUUUUUAUUCUCUCGUGUCUGCCACAUUAGUUUAGAAGCGAAAACAACCCAAAUCGUAUAGGAGACUGAACCUUCGCAGAGUUCAGACACAGCGCUGCCACCUAUCGAUCCGACGUGGUAGCUGUCGAACAGUGUUGCCAGUUCUCCGGAUUGGGAUCGCAACUCGAAAUCGAAAUAAAAUCGUGUGGAAUAAAAUUUAUUCGUCCCCGCACAUAUUCUUCCAUUGUUCGGACUGACAGCGUAAAAUUUUUAUUAGAUAAAAUUAAACUAAACGUUUUUUUUUUCGGCCUUCGAUUAACCGAAUGCAAAUGCUUCUUUCUAUAUAGGUAAGCAGAUAAGCAAAACUUGAUUUAGGCAAGUGACUACCCAUCCUAUUUUCUCGAAGAAAAUUAUGCAACUCGAAAUUGAAGCAAUUUUUCUGUUUGUCACAAAUCGUGCGAGCGCUAAAGUUUAGGUGAAAUUCGUCCCACCUCCAUCACACGAAAAAAAAAACUGAACGUGAGAGAGAAAUGAAAGAGUGAACUGUUUUUCGUGCGAAACUGCUCUAGUUUAAUUUUUUUAGGUAAACGACUUCUUUAGUUUAUUGUGCGGCGUUAGAGGAGCAAGUGAGAAACUUAAUCGCCGCAAGCGGAAUGCGUGCUUUUCAUUUAUUCUUAUUCCUAAAAAAAUAUUUUUUAAAUGUCUAGUGGAUAGAUAUUUGGUAGUCUGUAUCGAUUUAGUGUAAAAUAUUUUAGUUGCUAGUAGGAUUUCUCACACACACAUGGAUAAGUACUGUAGUAAAUGUUUAACUGUAAUUAUUUCCUAAACUUCGUAAUACUUCUUCAGCGAUACAUAAUAUGAUACAAAUACAGAAAAUAUUCUAUAAA